AUGGCAACCCUCACACAAGAGCAAAUAAAAGUACUAGAACAGUCUCGCCAAAGACUCGUCCAGUUAACCCGCUCUCUCUCCUCCCUAAUCACAAGUCUCAACCAAGGCGACCCUCUCCCGCAAUGGUCCUCUCUCCAAUCUCAAGCAAGCAUCAUCUCCAACAACCUUAUCAGCGUCUCUGAACAUCUCUCCGAACACGGCGACCUCCUCUCCUCAUUAGUCGCCUACCCUGGUGCAGAGUAUCCAGGUCGCACACAAGCAAACACACUAGAACAACUCUUGCGCACGAAACUCGAUCCUCGGGUAGAGGACUGGGUCGCGCGCGGUCGUGUAGCCGGCACCGAGGCUUCGAAUCUGGCGGGUGGUUCUGCGAUCCCGGCGCCGGGCGCUAUCGCUGCGACUGCGGCGGCGGAGCAGAAAAAGCCACUCAGUGAGGCGCAGUUAAGGGAACUAUGGGAGUGGGCGCCUAUUGAAGCAAAUGAGGAAGCGAGGCGGAGGAAUUGGGGAGGGAACUUCACGCUAGAGGAGCGGGAGACUGGGAUUCAGAAUGUUGUGACGGGGUUGAAGAAGCAAUUGGAGGACGAUGAGGAGGAGUCGGAUGAAGAAGAUGAAGAGGACGAGGAGACGGGCGAGGAUGAAAUGGAUGUUGUUGGGGUACAUAGGAAGUCUGGGGGUGGAGCUGGCUUUGAGUUUGAUAUUGUGGCUCAUCAUUCGCAUACUGCGAAGCCUGUGUUGCCGCUUGGAGAGACCUUGAGCUACAUGACUACUGGCAUGCAGAGCUAA